AUGUCUAGGAUUUCAUCAAAGGAGUACUUUACCCCGGCAUUUAUAAUGUCAUCUGUACAGCGGGCUUUUACUCAGAAAUUGAGUAAACAGCAUGCAGCUGAUGUUAGACGUCAGAUUGCUACCUCUACCUCGUAUUCACGUGAUCUGUCAAAGAGUGGCAGUUCAUUUUCAGGCUUUUCUUCCACGGUACAUCCCGAAAUGCAAUUUGUCUACACAAGUUGUGACUCGCACAUUAAUAUGUCACUGUGUGAGGUGUUAGAGCCUCUAGACUAUGAAGAAUUUUUGGCUCAACAUCAGUCAGUUCUUGACCGUGAUCCACUCAAAUCAAUAUUAGAUUUCCCACCUGGGGAUGUUGAAUUAAAAGUUGUAAAAAGGAAAAUUAGAACAGAGGAACCAGUUGUGCCUCAUGAAUCUAUGGAUACGGUAUCUCCUUACGUCAGAAGAUGUAUUGAAAGUUUCACUUCAGAUUGGGUAAUAGUACAUAGAAAAUAUAAACGUAGAGUUUCUCCCAUAGCGAGAGACAGACUUCUUCAAGAUACUCCAAGACAAGAUUUUGAGGUGGAUCAAGAGGAUACAAAUGGUUCAGGAUCACCAAACGAAGAAGAGGAUUUAUCUAAUUGUGGAGACACGCCGAGAGGAUCCUGGGCAAGUUUGGAUUUAAGGCAUUCACAACAUGAUCCCCUUCUUCCAAGCUUGCUAGACAGAGUUUGUCCAGAGACCAUUGAUCAAAUGAAUGAACAAAAACGAUCAGAAGAUCGUCAAGAAGCAUUAUUUCCACUUUAUGCACCUCCAGCUUCUCCAGAUGAUGAGUGGCAGGAGAUUGGUACAGCACCAGAACCUACAGAACCCUUCUCACACAAAAUUCUUGUAAAGUGUCUUCAACUGAAAUUAGAAUUGGAGGUUGAACCUAUUUUUGCAAGUUUAGCUUUAUAUGAUGCCAAAGAGAAGAAGAAGGUAUCCGAAAACUUUUAUGUAGAUAUGAAUUCAGAAGGUUUAAAAAGAAUGCUUGGUGGUCAUAUUGCGUACAGUGAUGCCAGCACCUUGGCAAGAAGCUGUGUCAUGAGUAUCAGCAAGCCUAGUCCAGACUUAUUUUUAGUUGUUAGACUUGAGAAAGUAUUACAAGGUGAUAUCUCAGAAUGUGCUGAACCUUAUUUACGCGAAGAUAAAAAUAAAGAAAAAGUGAGAGCAGCUGCUGCAGCUGCUUGUGAGCGUUUAGGUCGAUACAGAAUGCCACUUGCGUGGACUGCCAUCCACAUUUCUGGCGUAAUAGGUGGUGGUGGAGAUACAGAUAGCACAGGAAGUGCCGGGUCUUUGGACAGGAAAUCGGGCGGAUUAGAGCAAUGGCGUAAAAAAGUAGAACCACCUGCUAGAAGAGGAUCGUUAGAAAGAAGAAGUUCAGAUAAAAGACGUAGCUGGUCGCCGGAUGACUUUGCGAACUGUCUUGAUACAUUUAGGCCCAUCACAUUGACUGUUUCAAGUUUCUUUAAACAAGAAAGUGAACGACUAAGAGACGAAGAUUUAUACAAACUUCUAGUCGAACUACGAAGACCUGGUUCUAACUUGAAACGAUUAAAAUGUCUACCGGGUAUAUUGAAAUUGGACCUUAGUCCUAGGCCCGAAGAAUUGCCCAGGUGUUUGGAUCCUGAUCUCAGAAGGCUAGUGCCAUAUCCCGACGAAAAAAGUCGACCAGUCAAAGAGAUACUUGAAUUUCCAAGCGAAGUCAUUUCACCAGACUUGACGUACCGCAAUCUUCUAUACAUUUAUCCAAAAGAAGCAAAUUUCAGUUCAAGAACUGGUUCUGCGCGAAACAUCGCCGUGAGAAUUCAACUCAUGGGUGGCGAACAGGAGGCUGAUGCGCUCACGGCCAUUUUCGGGAGAUCAUCCUGUCCCGAAAUGACUCACGAGUGCUUCACAUCUGUCUGCUAUCACAAUAAGAAUCCAAACUUCUACGACGAAAUGAAAAUCCGACUUCCCGCUGAUUUGAGUGCAAAGCAUCAUUUGCUGUUUACGUUUUAUCAUAUCAGCUGUCAGAAGAAGGCAGAACAACCGAAUGUCGAGACUGCUGUAGCGUACACGUGGCUGCCACUUUUGAGAGAUGGCCAUCUACAAUCAGGCGAAUUCAGUCUACCGGCAAUGCUGGACCCACCACCAGCAAACUACUCGUACAUUGCGCCCGAUGUUCUUUUACCUGGUACGAGAUGGGUGGACGCUCACAGAGGUGUCUUUACCGUAAUUCUGGAACCAGUCUCCAGUGUUCAUCCCCAAGACAAAUACAUUGAUAGAUUCCUAUCGCUGUGUGGUUUCUUGGAAACUGGCCAAGUGCCUCCACGCAUCGGUGAAGCGGGAAUGGAAUCGGAAUUAAAGUCAGCUUUACUGGAAUUGGCAAGAGCAUCGCAUUCUGCUCUAGUACGAUCGCUACCUCAGUUGCUGGAUCAAUUGAUAUCCCUAUUGGUUCGACCGCCAACAUUACCAUCCCAGCCGCUGAACGUGGCAGCUACGGUGUUCGAGGCUAUAGGUUUGUUGGUACGAAAUAUUACCAAUCUGCCUGAUGGUCAAUUAGAUGCUCACGGGAGGCACGCCCUUCUGGCUACGUACGUCGCUUAUCAAUGCUCUUUGCCACGAAUGACGCACGCCCCUGGCAUCGUGCGGGCUCAGAGCAAUCCCGACCUACCUCUGGAAGAUCUAGAAAUGGAGGUGCACUCCAGAGGAUUGGAUCGGACCGCCUCGAUGCGACAAGAAUCACCUUCCAUAAAUAGCCAGCCUACCAGAAGACUUCUGCACGAAGAACUAGCGUUGCACUGGGUGGUAUCGACGGGACAGGCCCGAGAAUUGGCCGUUACGUAUUCGUGGUUCUUUUUAGAAUUGAUCGUUCGUUCUAUGGUUGUAACAUUAUCGGAAAUAGGGAUGUUGGAGGCUCCGCGAAAGUCCAGAUUCUCCCCGCAAUUCUGCGACGACAUCGCUACACUCACUGCAGCGUUGACGUCAGAAGUGAUCUCACGUUGCGGAAAGGAGAACAGAGUACCUAAUAAUCUGACCUCGAGCCUAGGCAAUUUUCUCUCUGAUCUACUGUCAGUGAUGGACAGAGGAUUCCAUUACGUGGCAUUGAAUCUGCCGUUUGGAACCGGAUACACGUCCGGAUCCGCACCAGCUUCACCUAGCCCGUCAACUGGCAGUUCCGGUAGCCUAAUAUCUACCUUAGUACCCGGAGAUCGAGCUAGGUUUUCCGAACUCAGUCAGGAAUUUCGGCAGCAACACUUUUUGGUAGGAAUUGUUUUAUCGGAUUUAUCGAACACCCUAGAGAUACCGAACCCCAUGCUUCAAAACAAAGCCAUUGGGACCAUCCGGCAUCUAAUGGCGUGCCAUGACGUUGAUUCGCGAUAUUCCGAUCCUGCCGCGAAAGCCAGAGUCGCCGCUCUCUAUCUACCACUUCUCAACAUUAUAAUGGAUGCUCUGCCGCAGCUCUAUCAUUGGGAUUCGAAGGACAAGAGCGUUUAUCCCGAUGAGUCUGGUUCUAUUACACAGUCUGUGGCUUUAGCCAUAGCGGGUGGAGUUUCCGCGGACACGGCAGGAACUCAGUGUAGAGUUUCUUUGAGUUCAGAGGCUACGAGACAUCUGUUGAUGUGUGUCUUGUGGGUGCUCAAGGGAUUGGAACAGUCUGCCUUGGCACAGUGGUGCUCAGAGCUAAGCUCCAGGCGUAUACUGUGCCUCCUUCAAGUUCUCAAUAUUGCCACUGCGGCUUUUGAAUACAAAGGGAAAAAAGCGUUAAAAAGACUGCCACCGCAGGCUGCGGCCACAAGCGAUAUUCGAUCUAGGUUAGAGGAUGUGAUUCUUGGUCAAGGAAGUGCCAGAAGCGAGAUGAUGCUGAGAAGAAAGGAAAGAAUGAGCGGAGACAAACUUAGAUGGCGUAAAGAUCAGAUGCCUUACAGAUCCUGUGAACAAUCAGAAGGAAGAGCUGUGGAGCAAGAUGCUCAUAUAGAAGGUGCCUUAGCAGCGGAAGCCUCUCUGGUGGUUCUGGACACUUUGGAAACAGUUGUCCAAGCUGAUGGAGGAGGAGGUGCAGUUGUAGGAGCCGUAUUAAAAGUGCUUUUGAGAGCACUAGCAAGAAAUCAGAGCACAUCCGUGCUACAACACAUGUUUAACACUCAACGAGCUUUGGUGUUCAAGUAUCACAGUGCUCUGUUUGACGAGGAAAGCGAAAGAUGCGGCGAUCUGUGUUUAACGUUACUCACUAGAUGCAGUUCACCUUUAAGUGCUAUACGCAGCCAUGCUGCUGCCAGUCUUUAUCUAUUGAUGAGGCAAAAUUUCGAAAUUGGCAACAACUUUGCCAGAGUUAAAAUGCAAGUCACGACGUCCUUGUCGGCUCUUGUCGGAAGAGGGAGGGCUCCUAGCGAAGGAGCACUCAGAAGAGCGUUAAAAACAGUACUGGUGUACGCUGAGAGAGAUACAGAACUAGCAGACACAAGCUUUCCGGAACAAGUGAAGGAUCUUUUGUUUAAUCUACACAUGAUACUGUCCGAUACUGUCAAAAUGAAGGAAUUCCAAGAGGAUCCAGAAAUGCUUUUAGAUCUUAUGUACAGAAUUGCAAAGGGAUAUCAAGGUUCACCGGACCUUAGACUCACAUGGCUGGCAAAUAUGGCUCAACAACACAUGGAAAGAAAGAAUCACACAGAGGCAGCUAUGUGUUUAGUGCAUAGUGCUGCUUUGGUAGCAGAAUAUUUACACCUUUUAGAGCCAGGAGGUGGAGGACGUCCAGUAGGAGCAGUUGCUUUAGCUCCUGUCACUCCAAAUGCAUUAGAAGAGAGUGCAGUAGGUGAUGACGUACUGGCAAGAAGAGAGGAAGGUUUAUGCUUAGGACCAGAUUUCUCAGAAAGUGGUUUAGCUGGUUUGCUGGAACAUGCUGCCAGCUCUUUUCAUACAGCUGGAAUGUAUGAAGCCAUCCCUGACGUGUACAAGGUGCUACUUCCAAUAGCAGAAGCUGCACACGAUUACAAAAAAUUGGCUAAUAUUCAUGGGAAACUUCAUGAAGCAUACACACGAGUAGAACAACUAGCGGGAAAACGAGUGUUUGGAACGUAUUUCCGAGUGGGAUUCUACGGUGGACGUUUUGGUGAUCUUGCUGGUGAAGAGUUCGUUUACAAAGAACCUACUCUGACGAAGUUACCAGAGAUAUUUUCGAGACUCGAGAACUUCUAUGCUGAACGAUUCGGCGCGGAGAACAUUGUGAUAAUAAAAGAUUCGAACCCUGUGGACUCCAGUAAAUUAGAACCGGAUAAAGCGUAUGUACAGAUUACAUAUGUGGAGCCAUACUUCGAGCCACAUGAACUCAGGCAUAGACCAACUAUUUUUCAUAGGAAUUUUAAUAUUAAGCGAUUUGUAUAUGCAACGCCAUUUACACCUGGUGGUAAAGCUCAUGGAGAAUUGAGAGAACAAUGCAAACGUAAAACCAUCCUGACAGUGGCUACGCAUUUUCCUUACUUAAAGACAAGAAUUCGCGUGGUUGCUAGAAAGCAAAUAGUUUUAAGUCCAAUUGAAGUUGCAAUUGAAGAUAUACAAAAGAAAACUGCAGAGGUUGCAGCAGCCACAGCUCAAGAACCACCUGAUGCAAAGAUGCUGCAGAUGGUUCUUCAAGGCUGCAUUGGGACAACAGUUAAUCAAGGUCCUGCAGAAGUUGCAGUUGUGUUUCUUUCUGGAUUAAGGGAACAAAAUGCACAGCCCACUAGGCUGCAACAUAAAUUACGCCUGUGUUUCAAAGAUUUCUCGAAGAAAUGUCUGGAUGCUUUGAGAAGAAACAAAAAUCUAAUUGGACCAGAUCAAAGAGACUAUCAAAGAGAAUUGGAAAGAAAUUACCAAAGAUUAACGGAAAGACUUUCACCUCUUAUUGCAUGGAGUGGGCCUUCAUUAGCAAAUCAACAAAGCAUGCCAUCAACUUCACCACGUUGGUAAAGUGACUGAAUGCUACUGAUUAAUAUUUACCAAAGAUCACUGAUAUAAGUAUUUAAUGUUCAAAAAAUAUCAGCGUGUGCUCUUACACACACACACACACAUUGUAUUUACAUUCAUUCAUUUUUGUAAUGAUGAAGCAUUUUGACUUGCUGCUAUACAGAAUGUCUGUCUUGAACAGUUUAAAACUAAAACUUGACAAUUUAAUACUGCGUUCACAUGUAAAGUAAAACUAGGACUAUAUUGAAAACAAUUACCAGUCCAGUAAUUAGAAAAAGACAACUUGUUUGAUACAUCAGAUUUUUUGGUAAUAAUAAGAUGAUAGUGUUAUCUGUCAUAAAAAUAGUUCAUUCUUUUAGAUAGAUGAAAUGAAAUACAUGGGAAUUGAAAUUUUGUUUUUUACAGUCUUUUAUAUACAGUGCUUUUUCGCUAAACUUUACGUGACCAUAGUUAAUUGCUAGGCAAGCAAGAAUGUCAGUACUAAAAAGUUAUAUAAAUAAUUUUCUAUGCCUUUUCAAUAAUAAUGUAAAUGAAUAUUGUUUUCAACUAUCUGACAGUAUAUAGUCAAUCUAAUUACAUACAUAAAUUUAUUAACUGUAUUUAUAUCUUGCAUUGCAAUGCAUAACACACUGCUUUAAAGUAUA